AUGUAUAAAGCCUUGCUCGUGGCUUCUUUGAUUGUCGUUGCCUAUGGUGAGUGUUUCUUUUUGUUAUUUGGUCGUGUUCGAUUUGAUAAGAACUGUUUUUUUUUUCAUCGGGUCUCGAAGAAUUAGUUCAUUCAAUAGAUGAACUCAAAUUGUAAGCAAAAUAAUCAAAGUAGUAUGAUCUACUGACUAAACUCUGACAAAUCUAACUAUGUGGUACAUUGGUCGGAAAAAAAUUGAAAACUAUAAGUUUUUCAUGUUUUUUUAAAUACUGGGCUAUUAGGGGCUUGAUAAUAAUAUUUAUUCUUCGAAAUAAGAUUAUUCAUCGACAUUUUUCAAUGAAAAAAAUCAGUUCAUUUUCAAAAAAAUAUCAUUAAAAAAAGUUGAUUGAUGUGAUCAGAUGUUCAGAAAAAUUUAGAAGAUUUUUUAUGAUCUAAGAAAAAUGCGGAAAAAUUGGACAUUUCAAAUAAUCAGCCUGUAUAUCCACUGAAAUUUUUCAUUCAGCUAAAAUCGAUAAUCAAUGGCGAGAUUCUCGAAUCAUGUAUUUUCUCAUUUCUUUUUUUUGGAAAAUUGCCUAUCAAUGAAAAUUUUCAUCCCCAGACGUUUCGGCGACAAGAUCUCGAUACAUGAAAAAUGACACCACAAGAAAGAAUCGACGCCGUCAUCCGACCAGCCGCGUAUCGAUCAACCUUCCAGAGAAAGUUCAUGAGAGGAACUCCUAUAAGUUUGAAAAUAGUAGAAAGAAAUUCUGACAAACCAAAUUUGUAGCGAAAAUGCCAAAUCCUAGCGGCCGGAAAAUGACUGCCUUGGACUCUUCGCGACCUCUUCCUUGUUGCAAAGACGAGUCUGGCGGCUCAAUCUGUCGUACCAUGAAAAAUCACGACGCUAAGGGUUUUGCCAAUAAGUAAUUUCUAGUUCACUUUCUUUAAUAUCUGGUUAAAUUCAGGUGUAAUUUGGAACCUGAUUUUUCUUUGGUCGUUUGCUGCAAAUCUUGCGGAGAGCUUGGUAUUGGAUAUCGUGAACGAGCCCAACUGUUAGCAUCAGAAUUUUGACUUUUACUUUUUCUCAUCGCUUCAGGUUUUUCUUGGGACAAAAUAACUCGACCAAUUGCUUCGACCGCAUGAGCCCCACCUACUGCAGUAAAUUUGAAAAGAGCAGUGAUGCUUGGAGCAACAAGAGGUGUGAAUUCUUUUGAAGAUUUUCUAAGCCAAUCUAAGUUCAGAUGGUCAUGUGACGCCUCUCAUUUCCGACUGGGAUUUCGCGUGUGCAGAGCGACUUGCGGAUUCUGUUCUAUCGACUGGAAAAAUGCCCCAGAACCAGUGAAAUGCGGAUGA